UGUUUGCAGAGAUUUGUCAGCUGUAGGUAUCGUUUUAAAAAUCAACCCGAUAACCGUUGUAUCAAUCUUCCCAAAAUUAUAUUCUAUGUUUACAGCUGAAAGUGUGUGAGAGCCUCGGGAAUAUCAGAAGCCUCUACUCCCCCGAAGAUUAGUGACGUCAUGUUCAAACUGGAGUUAAGGGAGAAAGCAGGGAAAAGCUAAGUGGGCAAAGUAGUUCUGGCUCUCCACCCUCUCUGCCUUCUGAGCACUUCUCAUAAAUAUUACUUUAAUCUGGAAGCUCGCGGCAGAAAGUCACCCACCGCUAACAGGGGGCUUUGAAUCCCACACGACCGUUAUUAUAAUUUUAUUCAUUUUUGUAUUCGUCCAAGACUCGCCUGCGGUUGCCUGAUUUGGUGCUGCCGCUGCCGACAGUUUUUCCGCAACUUUCAGCGCCCGAGUCUCUCGUCCAGACCAUCAACAUCUCGGCAACUGUAGAACUGGAGGAUCAAAAGCAACCGAAAGACUUGCUGAAACUCCGGUCUUCUCCGAAACCUGGGAAUUUUCUGUCCUGUACAACGGAGGAGGAAAAAAGCAAGAUAUUGCUGAAACCCUCGACCGUAACGACUCCUGGAUUUCUUUUCUUUGGUUUUUAACAGUUUGGCUGCGCAGAAAUUGACUUUCGCCUGCUGCUCCGAGGCGACGGGAUUUAAUAUUCUCCUAAUAUAAAUAGGCCUUACGUUCAAGAUCGCCCAAGAUGAGCAAACCUGCCGGAUCAACAAGUGGGUGUUUAGAUAUUUUAAAUGUCAAAUCCAGUCGAAUUUUGGAUAUCCCCUGCAAAGUAUGUGGAGAUCGAAGUUCUGGAAAACACUACGGUGUCUACGCCUGCGAUGGAUGCUCAGGAUUUUUCAAGAGAAGUAUUCGCAGAAACAGAACAUAUGUCUGCAAAUCUGGCAAUCAGGGGGGAUGUCCUGUGGAUAAAACACACAGAAAUCAAUGCCGAGCUUGUCGACUGAAGAAGUGUCUGGAAGUAAACAUGAAUAAAGACGCUGUGCAGCACGAGAGGGGGCCAAGAACGUCCACCAUACGGAAGCAGGUUGCCCUGUAUUUCAGAGGACACAAGGAGGUGAACGGGUCCUCUACUCACUUUCCAGCUUCUUCCAUGCCGGGCCCGCCUUUCUUCACCGCCGUCACUCAGCUGGAGCCUCACAGCCUGGAGCUGAGCACGGUGUCCAGCACGCCGGAGAGGCAGGCGAUCGUGGGGCUCGCGCAGCCCACCCCGAAGUACCCGCAUGAGGUCAGUGGGACACCGAUGUACCUUUACGAGGUGGCAACAGAGUCUGUGUGCGAAUCAGCCGCUAGACUUCUUUUCAUGAGCAUCAAGUGGGCCAAAAGUGUACCUGCCUUUUCCACCCUCCCUUUACCUGACCAGUUAAUCCUAUUAGAAGAUGCCUGGAGAGAACUAUUUGUUCUGGGCAUUGCGCAGUGGGCGAUUCCAGUUGAUUCAAGCACCCUUCUUGCAGUUUCCGGCAUGAACACAGAGAACACAGAAUCACAACGGUUGAAUAAAAUCAUUUCAGAAAUACAAGCUCUUCAGGAAGUAGUCACCAGGUUCAGACAGCUUCGCCUUGAUGCAACAGAAUUUGCAUGUUUGAAGUGCAUUGUAACAUUCAAAGCCGUCCCCACUCACAGUGGCUCCGAGCUGAGAAAUUUCCGCAACGCCUCGGCCAUAGCAGCCCUACAGGACGAAGCACAACUCACCCUGAACAGUUACAUACACACAAGAUACCCAACACAGCCCUGCCGCUUCGGGAAGCUGCUGCUUCUUCUGCCGGCGUUGCGAUCGGUGAGCCCAUCUACCAUCGAAGAAGUCUUUUUCAAGAAGACCAUCGGAAAUGUGCCAAUCACGAGGCUGCUUUCUGACAUGUACAAGUCCAGUGAUAUAUGAAUGCCUACGGCCUGUGGUAAAGCUUACAACAAGCAGCUCGCGCAUGACACAAGCAUUUGAAAGAGUGCAAAGUCGAACACCCCAAAGAAUUACAAUCUUAGUACAUGUGCCGGGUAUUUUAAAAAAUCACCUACAACCAGGAAAUGAUUUUUGUCGAGUUAAAGGGGAUUACUGACAAAAGCCUGAAUGACAUGAUUUCAUAAAUCUGAAAAUAACAGUUAUUGUACUUGUUAAAAUGUAUUUUCCCAAUGGAAUUACCUCUGACCUAUAUAAAGAUCAUGAAAAUGCUCACGAAAAGCCACUUUAUUCCAGUUGGCGUACAAUUCAAUGGAUAUAUCUUCAGAUGUAAAAAAAAAAAGUGACAAAGAAUGGUCGACUUGUGAAAGGUUGUGUGUAAUUUGUUAGUUGUUUCAUGACAAUAAACGUUUUCUAAGUGUCUGAAAGACCAAUGAAAGCAGAGAAAACCAAAUAAACAAAUAAAUAAAUAAGUAAAUAAAUAAAAUCCAAAAUACAGGCAUUGAAACAUGACGUAAUGGAAGAGGGAACUGGUCGCUGUCCCUGACAUAGUGCUGAAACCAAAGGGCGAGGCAUCAUAACACGCUUUAGAAAUGACUGGCCCCCGGGGAACACGGUUCCACUUUCAGUCACUACGAACUGUGCCGCAAGGACUUGACUGGAAUGAUUUUUUAGAGCUUUCGACUGCUUGACUUUUCAAAUGAAAACAGGUAUAAACGCGGCCUGCGUGCGUGGCUGCAUUGGUUCAAAAUAUCGACUGAACUUAAAAAAAAGGUAAACAAGUAGCCCAUUACGUAUUUUUGUGCCGCGCGCGUGUGGGUGGGUGGGUCGGUGUGUGUGUGUGUGUGUGGCUGCAUUGAAAUGAUUACUUUGAAAAGUAGACACUAACACUGGAAAACGUUGAGCACUUGUUUUUUGUUUUUUUUUAGCAUGUAAAUAUUUUCUCCUGUUGUAAAGAGUGGUUUUAAUUUUGUGAAAGUUGUACUGAUAUAUAUCGUUAGAAUAAAUACUAUUGAAUUAUG